CCUAGCAGUGCCCCCCUCCUCCCUGUGACUCGGCCCCGGCCUGACCCCCUCCCGUACAGGAAGAAGCCCCCCGGCCCCGCACACACCGGACUCUACAACACCCGCACAGUACAGGGGGGACCAGAGGGACUGCACCGGACCGGAGCCCCCGGGAUUACCGGAAAGACCCUGAGAGGGGCCCCGAGCACCAGAGACCCUGACAGACACCGGGGGAGGACAACAUGGAGCUUCUGGCCGGAUAAAUCAGCGGAGGAGUCUAAGAUGAGCAGCUUGGCACAAUGUCUUAGCCGGGUGAUGUGUCUUCUCGCUGUGACCGCCGUCUCUGUGUCGCUGUCUUCACAUACAUGGAAGGAGGAAGGUGUGGUUUAUGGGAAAAUUGGAGAUGCGGUGACCCUGACGUGCAGCAGCAGAAGUCCCAGUUCGGAGGUCCAGUGGAGGUUCAAUGGAUCCUCAAACAUCACAUGGGGAAAUGUUACUAAUCAGGGGGACCUGGACCUUCCGCAUGUAGGACCCUCCGUGAUGGGGACCUACAGCUGCAACGACUUGUCUGGGGAACUAAUACAGUCCGUGCUGCUGAAGGUCGGAUAUCCUCCGGGGAUCCCGUCCGUCACCUGCAGAGCCGCAGACUAUCACAACUUUUCCUGCUAUUGGAACUCCAGUGUGGAGACUCUUCUGCCUUCGAGAUACAUCACCUCCUACAGGGUGGACAGGAGCAGCCCCGAGGACUGUCUGCGGGACCCCCGACUCCCCAACGUCUGCUCCGUCAGGAACUCCAAGCUGUGGAUGUCCUACCAGAUGAACAUCACCGAGGAGAACCCGCUGGGCUCCAGCUUCAGGAUCAUGGAGUUCUAUGUCCAGUCUAUAGUGAAGCCAGAUCCCCCAGAAAUCGUAUCAGCAGAGCCCGUCCCUCAUGCCCCCCGACGGCUGCGAGUCACCUGGGCAUACCCAUCCACGUGGCCCCAGGAGCCUCAUUUCCAGCUGAGGUUCCGGAUACAGUACCGGCCUGUCCUUCAUAUGUUGUGGUCCACGGUGGAGACGGCCAACCUGACGGACAUCAUCACCGACGCCUUCAUGGGCACCGAGCACAUUGUGCAGGUCAGCGCCAGAGAUUUCCUCGAUGCUGGAAACUGGAGUGAAUGGAGCCUGGAGGCCAGAGCCACGCCGUGGACCAGUACAGAGACACCAGAGUUGGUGUCGGACGCCUGUAACGAAACCACUUCAGAAGAGCCGGAGCCUCAAGUCAAAGAACCUUUCGACCCCGUGGAGAAAAUGGCCGUGACGAUCUCGCUGGGGAUUUUCGCUUUCGUAGUGCUUGUCAUUUUUUUGGCUGUUGGCGCCCUCAUCUGGGUAAGAGUCGGAAGGACUGUGAAGGGCGGCGGGAUAAAGGCAAACUUCCUUACGGCCAUACAUAUGAAGACGCUACCCAAGAACCAGAUUUUGUAGUCACCCAGAAAAUCGAGAAAUCCCUCCAGUUCAGAUAUGUGACUGAGGCGUCCAGUGUAUAUUCCGAUUUCCCGGAGGACAACUCGACAGAAACGGGAUGAAAAAGGGACUUUAUGGAAGAGCUGCAGUUCCGGGACUGUCCUCCGGGGGCAGACAUUCAUCUUCUCUCUGGAUCAUAAAGCUGUGGACUGUAUGGAGGAGGAUCCCUCUUCUUCAGACGGCAGCUUGUUUUGUUCAUGAUAAACUCUACAGAGACAACCAAACAUUACCCUGGGUGAGGCGCCCCCUUCUGGCCGCUGUGGUCAGGAUGGAGUCCACCGAACAUUUUUUUGCUGCUAUCACAUAGACUUUACUUCACAGGACGAUGCUCUCCACACACCUGCUGUUCUCACACACCGGCCAAUGGCGGACAAUAGGAUUACACCAUAUGUUGUGGCAUUCAAUAGUUAAGCACAAUUUUUCUAUGUAGCUUUGUGUGUUCGUAUCCAAGCAGUUCAUGAAGCUAAAUACGGUCCCGCUUCUCAGCCGUCUCAGCUACCACAUGGACUCCUGAAUGGUGUUGGGCUGGACACUGUGUUUCAGGGACAACAAAUACACUGCCAUAUAGUGACCUUGUGGGUUUAGGAACAGAUCCCGCCGAUUACGCCAGUUUUCCAUCCCAUCAUGAUCACUGGUUGAGAAGUGGUGGAUAUAAACCACCAGAAACCUCUCUGAUCAUCUCCAUCAUGUGACAUAAUGGCGCUGAUCUCCUGUAUAGUGUGACUGUGCUCAUCAUGUCCGUCUUAUGUAAGUGGAUCUACCCCGAGAUCCUGGGUUUCCUCAUACAUUUGGCUAAAGGUAUAAGAUAUCUGUCACAGAUUCCGCCAUUUUGUGGCAGGCCACAGAUAUUACUCCAAGGGCAGGUCCUACUAAAAUUGGGUGGAUCUGUAGUCGUGUGUGAUCGCUCCCUCCAUGAUGUGUGACUGGAUGGAACCUCCAUGGUCUUGUCUGGCUAUAGUGACCUCACAAAUAGCUGCUUUUACUUCCCCCAUGAUGUGAGCCUCUAUUAACCUCUAUGGUCUUGCUUUGCCGACUAUAACUGUCAUGUGACCACCCUGACUCACUCUAUAUUGUUUGACUGCAUUGACUUCCUUUAUGCUGUGUGAAUGGAUUGACCUCCAUGAUUUUGCCGGUACCGACUGUAUUGUAAGUUGUCUUACUCUUUCCAUGUUGUGUGACUGCCCUGACUCCCUCCAUGUUGUGUGACUGCCCUGACUCCCUCCAUGUUGUGUGACUGCCCUGACUCCCUCCAUG